AUGAACCCUUCAAGCAGCGACUUUGAGAUGAAAAGGCGUGAGGUGGAGAGCAACGUCCACAUACUCGAGGGAUUGGGAGAAGGAGGAAACAAUGUAUCGGCGGUCUUCGCAGAGGUUCAUGGGGGAGGAACACCACUGAAUGAAGCCUGUCGCCGAGGAGGAUUACAAGAAGUGCAGGAACUUCUAUGGCUCCUCGACACAGAUGUGAAUGCUGCAAGUGAACACGGACAAACUCCUCUUCAUUGCGCCGCAGCUGGGGGUUUUCGUGAGAUCGUGAUCCUCUUGCUAGAGAAUGGUGGUAAUGCCAGGGCGGCCAACGUGUUAGGUGAGACCCCGCUGCAUUUGGCGGCUCUCAAUGGACACAUCCAAGUGGCGAAAGUGUUGUUGGAGCAGGGAGGGGCGUCUUCAAAAGCCACGAAACGCAGAGAUGGACAGACCCCACUACACUAUUGCUCUUAUCGUGGACACGUCAAGAUGGCAAUGCUACUCCAUUUCCACGGGGCUGACCUAGACUGCCAGGCUCAUUCCGGAUUGACCCCAUGGGACAUUGCCAAGAUACGUGGAAGGAGACAGUUGCGCACCUAUCUGGAACAAACGAUCUUGGGCGAAGAAUAUCUGCUAGAAUUGCAGACUGCCGUGAAAGCAGGACAUAUAUUCAAACUCAAAACCAGUCUCCCUCAAGGCGAGACUUUUGUCAACUGUGGUGACCACGAAAACAACACGCUUCUUCAUAUAGCUGUACUGGCAAACGGGACCACUGAGAUGGCUGCGCUGCUGCUCAAGCAUGGCGCGGAUCUCGAGCAAGAGAACGAAGAAGGAUUGACACCGUUGGACCUGGCUCGGCAGAGUAACAUGCAUGACUUGAUCAGUUUUCUCCAAAAUCCCCCAUCUGAAGAUUCAUCGAUGGACAGCUCUUACCGAAUGGUGGACUUACGCCCACAAGUCCCUGUGAACGAGUCAAUGGCACGUUCUCUAUUGAAAUUCGCAGAAGAUGGAAACUUACGGGAUGUUGUAGCACUUGUCAAAUCCGGUAUCGACCCUAGUUGGGCGACCAGCGAUACUGGAGAAUCACCGUUGCAUAUGGCAUGCAAGAAUGGGCAUGCUCCUGUGGUGCAGCGUCUACUCGAUGAAGGUGCCAACCCCAACGCACAAACGACGGUACGAGGAGAAACACCACUCCACUUGGCCGUUCAAAACGGUAGUCUGGCAAUUGUGGCCAUGCUACUUGAAAAGGGAGCAGAUUGGACUAUUCUGGAUUCGGAAGAGAGGGACGCUGUCGAGCUCGCCAGAUGCCGGGAGAAGACUGCCAUACAAGACUUUUUUGAGGAACGAGGGGUGGGGACAGACACGGAGCAGGGUGUAGGUUCGACGGAAGAUGCUACGACAGGGGAACACCCCUGGGCUUGCAGUGUCUGCACAUUUGCCGAGAACCCAGAGACUUACCUGUCAUGUUCCGUAUGCCAAGCGUCUAGACCUCUAUCUGCUACUCCGAAUGAAAAGCAGUGGGUUUGUGCCACCUGCACCUUUGCUAAUCCAGGUGGCGCAAACAACUGUGUUUUGUGUUGUGCUCCAAGAACUUCCGAUGAAGCCCACACCGAAGACAACGACAAGGACGAGUCCAAACGAACAGAUCUAUCAAAGCAUACCAUCUUCCAGCACGCGGUCUAUAAAGAAGCAAGAGGAACCAUUACUAUCAAUUCGAUGGGCGUGGGAUUUGAAGAAACGGAAACGACAAAGCACCACUCUUGGUUCUGGGAAGAUAUAGUUUCCUUGGAGAGUGCCGAUGGACGUGAAUUGCUUCAGAUCAUGACAGAAGACAACGGCAAACACGUGAUCAAGACUAGCAGCGCAGAUCACUACGUGAUUGUCGAAGAAGCCACGCGUCGUAGGUCGGAGUUUCGUGUUACUUUGUCGCGAAGGUUGCCCACUGUGACGGACAACGAGGAGCUCACGUGUCCGAGAAUCUGUAACGUGGCUUGUGCAGAGCGACCAGAGUUUCUGGGUGUCAGUGUCCAUCAUCUAGAGAACGUAUUCAUGGCGGAAGUGACGAUGACUCCUUGUCUAUCGAAGAAGUCGAAGUUCUACGAGAUUGAAGACCUCCGUGCAGGCAGCGGUUUCGUUCGUGAAAAGGGGGCUGAUGUCAUUUGUCCCGUAGACGGCAAAAGGGGGGCAGCGUAUGUCCACUGUUUGGAAGGGUCAGACCACGUUGGUUGUGCAACGCAUAUGCUCAGUUGGACUUGGAGUUACACAGUCCAAGAUGUGGUGGAAACGCUCGUGGGAUUCUGCGAGCAAAACCGACUGGACCCCCGAAAGACAUACAUCUGGAUAUGUUGCCUUUGCAUGAAUCAACAUCGAGUUGCGGAGGCACGCGACACUUCAACAGAUGAUUUCGAGAAAGCAUUCCGAGGGCGAGUGCAAGGGAUUGGACGUAUCCUGGUAAUGAUGACACCUUGGGGCGACCCUGCCAACCUCCAGCGGAUUUGGUGCAUUUUUGAGAUCUUUUGGGCCAUCAAAGAAGGUUGUCACUUGGCUGUCAUUAUGCCACCGCGCGAUAUGGAUAGGAUGCUGGUUCAGCUGUUCUCGACAUGGGGGCGGCGUUUGGGUGAACGGGGGAUCGACAACCUCUACAAAGCUCUAAAUCAAAUUGACGUUGAGAAGGCCGACGCAUCGGUACCGGAGGACAAGACAAGAAUCCUAGAGCUCGUCCGAGGGAGCAUUGGAUUUCAGUCUCUCAAUGUUCAAGUGAAAGGAAGGCUGCGGCAUUGGGUUCGAGAAGUGAUUGAGCAACGUUCCACCCAGACUCUCGAGGCAUUGGAUGAUGAUAACGCUGCUGACCGGUUGUCUCACGCUGUCUUUUGCAAGCAAGUCGGUGACCUGUUUGACCUUUACGGCGAUAGCGAGGCGGCUCUCACCAUGUACAGGCAAUGCCUGGCUACGCGUGAAAAGUUGCUUGUUCCCAGCCGCUUGGAAACUGCAAAGGCUUACACGGACGUGGCUAGAGCACUCGCAUCUCUUGGUCGCAUAGACGAGGCAGCGGAACUGUAUUGGAAAGCCAAGGUGGUACAUGAGGAAGUAUUAGGGGAGGAUCACGUAGAGACUGCAGAGGUGUACUCUCAUUUGGGGCGGUUGCUGACGGAGAUGAACGACGUGGAUAACGCUUUGCAACUCAUGCAACGUUGCCAAGAUGUACAGGAGAAGAAGUUUGGUAGGAGCCGCAUCGUGGCGGUCACAUCCUGCCGGCUUGGUUUGCUUUAUUCCCAGAACGGAAAAUGA